UCUCCUUGCGUUUGAACCGCAGCACCUCCCAUCUCACCGCUCUGCUCGGUUGCUGUCCUUUUCUCUGCCAUUGCGCCGAUCUCUCGCUGCUGCCAUCUUGCUUCGUGUAAAAAUGGAUGGUUCGCUGUUGGGUCUGUCACGUCUUGUCUAGUAAUUAAGUAUCGCGAGAGGACUGGAUCCUCCAUUGAGCCGCCAUCAUGUCUGCGGUCAACUUUGCUGUCCUCACCCUCGAUAUUAUCGAUCCAAAUCAUCCAGUAGGAAAUCGCGAGGAGUUCACGACUCUCGACAGUGAUAUUUCCUUCCAACACAUGAGCUAUAAUAACAUUCGGACGCUAUCCACGACCGGAUCGAACCCCGGGACUGACAUUACGGGCCUGCUUUAUGUUCCUGAGGUUGCGGACGGCCGAUGCAACUCAACCGGAUAUAUUUCCGCGAAUGUUGUCCGAAACGGAGAUCUACCUCGCAGUCCUGGCUCGAAUUACCAGUCGAUCGCUUUUGCGCCCUGGAUUUCCUCUACUUGCACACUUGCUUUUCUAGAUGCUGUCCCAAAUAAGGAUGGGUGGGGCGCAUUCAUGUUCUACCUUCCGAAUAAUGGAACGGGAAUGCCACCAGCACCGAACAUGAUGGAUUGGUAUAUUGGGGAUGGCGGGCAAUGGAGGUCGCAUUACCUAUUUCCGAUUUACGCUAUCCCCGGCCAGGCUGGCCAAAUGGUGAUGGACCAGUUAGGCCUGUAUAACGGGAACAUAUCGUCGGUCCCAAAUGGUCAGAUCCUCUCCAGGAUGUAUCCAGGAUCCGACUACAUUCGGCUGGUGGCCCAGAUCGACAUGGGAAAGACGAACUCGCUACCGAACCUAUGGGUCUUCCUGCUCAUCGUCCUUGCGAUUCUCCUGUUUAUCAUCAGUUCGACGUCGUGCGCCAUGCACUGGAUCCAACGACGAAGGAGAAACGAAUUACGCAGGCGUGUCGUCAAUGGCGAAGUCGAUAUCGAGACACUUGGUAUCAGGCGUAUGACCGUGCCAAAAACCAUCAUCGACACUUUCCCGUUAUACCUCUAUUCCGUCGAUUCCGACCCAACCCCCAACCCUUCCAACAACGGACCUCCGAACGACCCCUCAAAAACCGCCACCGAAACCACCUCCCGACCCUUAACCCCCGAAUUCGACCCCAAAAUGCCGGCGCACGCCCCCUCCUUCCCCCAACCCACCUGCCCCAUCUGCCUCGACGACUACACUAACCAAUCCACCGUCCGCGAACUCCCCUGCCGCCACAUCUACCACCCCUCCUGCAUCGACCCCUUCCUCCUCCAAAAUUCCUCUCUCUGCCCCAUGUGCAAAAAGACCGCACUCCCCAAUGGCUACUGCCCAGCCCGCAUCACCAACGCUAUGGUCCGCCGCGAGCGCAUCGCCACCAACCGCCGCGAAAACGAUCAACUCGACUGGCGCCCCGAUUCCGCCCACGGGACUGCCCACCCUCUCAUCCGCGCCUACCACGCCCUGCGCAAUCGCCCCACCCCAUCCCAAGCGCACGCCCGCCUGCACUCCUCCGCCGGCGAACCCCCUCGCACCGACUACCCCUCCUCCCUCCGGCGCAUCAACCCCUUCCAGCGCCCUACCCCAGACACCUCCACCCCUUCGCCCGUCGAAAUGCGAAACACCUCUAUGACCCCGCCCAUCGCCACGCCACCCCUCGCAUACUCCACUCCCACCACCACCGCCGCCGGACACCCGUCCCCCGAUCGGAUCACUCCCCUCGCGGACCUUCGCGCCAGCUCGCUCGCGCACGCGCCACCACCGGAUCAGCCGCAAAGGCGGGCGGAGUGGCUGGGACGGCGGGCGGAGGCGCUGUUGGAGCGGG